UCGGAUUUGACCUCGAACGAUGGCUUCCGUGACUACGGCCAACUACCCAUUGCUGCUGCUGAAGAACCAUCAGUCCCUGUUGUUAUUGGAAGAGGAAUGGUUUCCGAUAAUAACGAUGAGAAAAUCAUAUCCGACGACAGGAAUAUCGAACUGAAGUUGGCGGAAGUUCAAUGGGUCCUGCAAGCCCGUAACAAGCAAGGCGAUCCCGUGGCAUCUGUCACUAUGAGUCUCGAGCCACCGCCGGCGGCAGCGAACCAAAUAUCGAUUCAAAUGUCAAGGUCGACUUUGGACACUGCUGCUGUAAUGGAUGGGAUUUUCGUAGAUGGGUUUGCAGCGAACAGCGUCCCAAUCGGCUACUUCAGCAACUGCGACAGGUUCGAAAACAGCACCAUGACUUUUCAAGAAUUGGAAGCAGUGACGAGUUGCAGCAGUCUUUUUGAAGCAAUGAGAAACUACCCCAGAUGUCAGCAGUGUGACUCGUCGUGCUGUCACCCAGCAAGUGAAGACACAGCAAUCAUUCGAAGAAGAUCGUCCGCGAUGGACAUGAAUGCUGCUGGUGCUGUUCAUCAUCAUCAGAUGGUUUCUGGAAUGCGGAGAACGGCUGCUGUUGUGCAAAAUGGACAGUGGGUGCUGACCCAGGAUAGACUUUACAGGAGCCAGAGAAAUGUUACGGGGGCUGAGUUGCCUGAUCUGAUCGCUUCUUGGACCCUCGAUUAA